GUUGUCAUCAUGUGACUUAAACGUCAAGCCGCCAUAUUAAACUAAAGACAUUUCAUAUUGGUGUUAAGACUUUCAACAGGUGUUGUCAAUUCGUGUCUUGUUGGCGAAAUAAAAUGUCAAACGGCGUUGAUACACAAACAAGACCCCGCCUGUGCCAUAUAAUCAAGUGGCCCGAUUUCCAAGGAUACGGUUUCAAUUUACAUGCUGAAAAGGGUAAGGCAGGCCAGUUUAUUGGAAAAGUUGAUGACAAUUCACCUGCUAGUUCUGCUGGCCUAAAAUCCGGCGAUAGGAUAGUAGAGGUAAAUGAUGUUAACAUUGGAAAUGAAAACCAUCAACAGGUUGUCCAAAGAGUAAAAGCUGGUGGUGACCAAACUAAAUUACUCGUGGUGGACGAAGAAACCGACAAAUACUAUAAAGAUGAAAAAAUUGUGGUUCGAGGUGACUUACCCGAAGUUAUCUAUAACAGAACACCAUUACGACCUGGCCAGGAAGAACCACCAGUGUUGAAUGUCGUAGAAGCAACUAAGGAAGAAACAGUUGUAGUAGAAGAAACACCUACUCCAGUGGAAUCUACAAAUAAUAAUACAAUAUCACAAUAUCAACCAAGAUUGUGUCAUUUAAGAAAAUGGCCAGAUUUUGAAGGAUAUGGUUUCAACUUGCAUGCAGAGAAAAAUAAACCUGGGCAAUAUAUUGGUAAAGUAGAUGAAGGUUCUCCUGCUGAAAUGGCUGAUUUAAGAGAGCAUGAUAGAAUUAUAGAAGUUAAUAAUACUAAUGUUGAACAAGAAGCGCACCAGAAUGUAAUCCAAAAUAUCCGCUCUGGUGGUGAUGAAGCAAGGAUAUUGGUAGUUGACGCUAAAACUGAUGCGUAUUAUAAAGAAAAAGGGAUUCAAGUGGUUGGUACAUUGCCAGAAGUUUUAUAUAAGGCUACACCGCCCAGAUCAUUACCAGUAACCAUAGAAAACGGUGAGACAGAACCAGAGAUUAUUAAUACAGAUUAUGACAUUAUUCAAGAAGAAAGCAUUAAUAUUGAGAAUGAGAAUGAAGUUGUUAACGAAACAACAAUAAUUGAAACGGAGACAGUAGAAGAAACAUCAAUACCAGAAGCAGAAAUAGUUGAUACCUCCCCAUCAAAUGUUGAGGUUGAGGACUACACUGAUCACACAUAUGAGAAUACUGACGUAAUGACAAGUAAUGGAACAUCAUCUACCAUAACAGAAACCAGAAUAUCAGAGAGUGAAGCUGUUCCUGCUAAAGAAAUUGAUCAACCAACUCCUCCAGUCCAUGCUGCUGAACCAGAAGUACCUACAUCUUACAGCAGUUCUGUUAGUGACCCCCCAACACCUACACCUGAGGCAGGUGAUGGUCGACCAGAAGGCAUGUCGGCUCGGGAAUAUCUAGAAUAUCUCCGAAAUAAAAAGAAAAUGGAUCCACGCAAUCAGAAAGUGGAUUUCAAACAAAAAUAUGAACUAUUCCAGAAAAUGUAAAUAAUUAUCGCCAUUCUAAACUAUAAUCGUACAUACACAAUUUUUGCAUAAAUAGUCUUGAUAUAUUUUUUAAUUCUUUUUAUUUCACAUAUUUUAGUAUUCUAGACCUAUAUAUAUAUAAAAUCCUUAAAAUUGGUGAUUUAAAGCAGUGAUAAUUUAACUUGUAAAGUGAAAAUGUCAAAUUCUGGUUCUGAAAUAUAAUAUGAGUUUCACAUACAUUAGUGAUAUGAUUUGGUGCCUCUCUCGAUAUUUCAUUGCAUCUUAGGUCAAAUGUUAAAACCCCCAUGCACUUUGUUUAAUAUUGAUACAUAAUAUUUUUUAGUAUUUGUUUAUAUUUAUGUAUUUACGCAAUUUAUAAUGGUGCUUAUUUUCCUGCACCCCUUCCCCAUAAAAUGUCCGCUUAUAAAAAGUCAAAAACAAAAAUUGUCCUCUUAUAAAACAUUUAUAUCCUUUCGAAAUUCUAUAUAUAUAUAUACCUGUCAAGCCGUCCUACAUUAUAUUUGUAAUCAUUAUAAUUUCAUAUGAACCACGGUUUUUAUUUGUGCAGACCUAGUGUAAUUUACCAAGCAGAGAGGUUUUGUAACCACGCUGUCAAAAUACUAAAUUGUGUAUUCGCUAAUACAGCUCAUUUCAUUCCAGAAUUUAUUAAGCUUAUGGUCCUUAAUAAGAUUAAAGUGUUUGGUUAGUUAAGUAACUUGACUAAUUUGUGCAUAGCUCAAAUCGACUGAUUAUGUCUAUAUUCUUUAGUAUUGUAGCUAUUAAAUAGUAGUAAUUUGCUCUAUAUGUAGAUAAUGAGCCUAAUGAUAGUGCAUCAAAGUAUGAUUUAAUAUAAAUAUAAGUUGAAAUAUUUCUAGAUUUUUAUACUACAUUCCAUAUAUAAUUUCUUUUUUUUUACCCUUUAGUAUUCGAAUCUGGUAAGACUCAAAGUGUAGUAGACUCUAAUGGCAUCAUUUAAGUAACAGUUAAUUAUGAAACAUUUGUAUAAUAUAACAAAGAAAUGAAAUUAGUAAACAAUUAAUAUUGAAUAACUAAAUUGAAAAACACAAUACUAGUUUCUUUUGUGUCAUGAUGUGUUUCUUAACUCGAACUCUUGAGUAGUGUAAAUAUGUUUUGGGUUUGUUUUUACAUAUUUCUGGUAUCUGGUUUUGUGUGCAAACAUCAUCAGCAUUGAUAGAGUGAUAACUUAUGUUUUGGGUGUAAACCGUGGGUCGGUCAGUAUUGGAGGGGUUAUUGUGUUUGUAACUUACCUUUUUUAUUUUAUUGUGUGCCUUGGAUAUUAUUAUUAAAUACUUAAAUACUUUAAGGACAGUAAAAUUGAAAUGAACAAUUAAAAUAUUUAUACAUUAUAUGAUGCCAUACAACUGUACAUAUUUCACUUGAUAGAUUAUAAUUAUUUAAUUAACGUCCAAUAGAACCUUUUGAUUGCUCACUGUAAUUACUAUUCCAGGAACAAAUAUAAUAUAUUUUGUUAUGAAUAAAAAUAUAAAUUAAAAACA